UCAGCCCCGUUCCUGCCCAGAGUUAAGGGCCAGCAGCAGGAAAUGCGUAAGCAGGGUCGCUGCUGCUGCUGCUCCCACACAGCCCUGGCACUGUGCUGUGGCAGCAGCCCCUGCACGGGCAUGGGCACCCUUGGCACCAGGGUCCUGCUCUGCUGUGCCCUCUGGGGACUCUGCCUGGCCUUGGACUACGAUGAUUACUCUCAGAACAGCACCGGCGAGCAGCCCAGCGCCCCAGAGGUCACCCCGUGUCCCCGAGCCAUCCCUGGGGACCAGGCCAGGGUGAACAACGUCACGUACCUGCUGGUCCCCGCGGGCACGCGGGCGCAGCUGGGCAGCGCGGUCACCGUGCGCCUCAUCCCCGGCCUCUACAGCCUGGUGCUGGCGCUGGGGCUGCCGGCCAACGCGCUGGCGCUCCGGGCGCUGGCCGCCGCCGAGCGCCGCGCCGCCACCGUCUUCCUGAUGAACCUGGCCAGCGCCGACCUGCUGCUCACCGCCGUGCUGCCCUUCAAGAUCUCCUACUACUUCCUGGGCAACCACUGGCCCUUCGGGGAAGCGCUGUGCCGCCUCACCACGGCCCUGUUCUACGGGAACAUGUACUGCUCCGUGCUGCUGCUCACCUGCAUCAGCGUGGAUCGCUACCUGGCCGUGGCUCACCCCUUCUCGUCCCGCGCCUUCCGCACGCCCUCGCUGGCCGCGGCCACCUGCGGGAUGGUGUGGCUGUGCUCCGCGGCCCUGACGCUGCCGCUGGCGCUGCAGCGGCAGUCCUACCCCCUGCUCGGCGCGGGCCUCACGCUGUGCCACGACGUGCUGCCCCGGCAGGACGACGAAAGCUUUUACUUCCACUACUUCGUGGCCCUGAUCGCCUGCGCCUUCCUGCUGCCGCUGCUGCUGCUGGCGCUGAGCUCGGGCGCGGUGCUGCGCGUCCUGCUGCGCCGCGGCCGCCGCUACUCGCACGCCGCCAAGCUCACGGCGCUGGUGUUCGUCACCCUGGUGCUGUUCUACGCCCCCAGCAACGUCCUGCUGCUGCUGCACUACUCCAGCCCCUGCUCGCGGCUGCACGGCCGCCUGUACCUCAGCUACAUGGUCAGCCUGGCCCUCAGCACCUGCAACAGCUGCGCCGACCCCUUCGUCUACUACUACGUGUCCGAGGAUUUCCGUGAGAAGGUCAAGGGCAGGGUGUUCGGGGGCAGCAAGAAAACCAGCACGUCCCUAAAGACCUCCAAGGAAACGCUGCCCCGUUCCAAGCAUUCGCUGGUGUGAGCCUCCAGCCCGGCUCGCUGCUGCCGGGGAUCAAUUCAGCGCUGGAAUUCCACGAGUUUCACCCAGAGCAGCAUUUCCCAGGAGCCAAAUGCUUCUCCCUGCCUGCACAGAUGAGGCUGCACAAACCCAGGCUGUGGGAUUCUCUGCCCACGCUGGACACAUCCAUCCUUUACUGGGACACUUCUCACACCACCGGGGAUGUUCCUCCCCACACACCUCCCACCCUGGCUGCUCUGUGCCUGCCACUCCUGCUCCUGUCUUUGAACGCACAUACCCUUCCCCUAAAACUGAAAAAGAGCUAUCAUUGCAAAACCAAAUUUCUAAAUGUCUCAGAAGAUACUCUCCUAAACUAAACCAAAAGAGUGCAGAGCACUGGCUUGUGCAGCAACAACAUUCUUGGCUUGAUUUGUAAGCAAGCCCUCAGCAAUGUCAACCCACUGUUGGUAAAAAGUGUAAAAAUCCAUUCGCUCCUCCCUGUUUUUGCAAAUCACCCUUGGCAUCUAUCAUUUCUUUGAGGCAAAAGGUGUAUUAAUGGAUUUUUGUAAAAAAAAAGAUGUCUCAUGAAGGGAAAUAGUAAAGUAGGAACGGAGCAAACUCUCUGGUUCUCCUCACUCUCUUUGUGCAAUGUCACCCAGAGCCAAAAGCUGUCUCUGAUCAAAGAGGUGCUCAGGUUUGGUGCUUAUUGGAACCUGCUGCAAAUCUGACAAAAUGCAGCCAGCUCAUCUCUCAGACACAACUGGGGCACAGCCCUGUGAGCAGCUGGUAGAAAAUGAGCAAUAAACCUCUUCAGAGCUCCUUAAUUCUUCAGUUUUCCCAGCACAGGCUUGACAAGCUAAAGCUCGA